AUGCCACCACCGGCCUCUUCAGCGGGUUUCUCUAAUCUCUUGAACCCCCAAGACGCAGACGUAUCUGCUCAGCCUUCGGCUCCUUCUGAUUCCAACUCGUCCAUGGCCUCUUCUGUGAGCCUACUACCGCCUCUCAUGAAGGGUGCUCGUCCUGCGACCGAGGAGGUCCGUCAGGAUCUGCCCCGGCCCUAUAAGUGCCCUCUCUGUGACCGUGCCUUCCAUCGUCUGGAGCACCAGACCCGCCACAUCCGCACGCACACUGGCGAGAAGCCCCAUGCCUGCCAGUUCCCCGGCUGUACCAAGCGCUUCAGUCGCUCGGAUGAACUCACCCGUCACUCCCGCAUCCACAACAACCCGAACUCGCGCCGCAGUAAUAAGGCUCAGCACCUGGCAGCAGCAGCGGCCGCCGCUGGCCAGGACGCGGUGAUGGCCAACGCCAAUAUGAUGCCUCCGCCCAGCAAGCCCAUGACGCGCUCUGCCCCGGUCUCUCAGGUCGGCUCUCCUGAUGUCUCUCCGCCUCACUCCUUCUCCAACUAUGCCAACCACAUGCGGUCGAAUCUGGGCCCGUACUCGCGGAACACCGACCGUGCUUCAUCCGGCAUGGAUAUCAACCUGCUGGCCACGGCCGCCUCCCAGGUUGAACGGGAUGACCACAUGGGUUACCACGGAUCGCGGCAUCACAUGUACGGAUCGCGUCAUCACAGUGGCCGCGGGCUGCCUUCGCUGUCCGCCUACGCCAUCUCCCAGAACAUGACCCGGUCGCAUUCCAACGAGGAUGAUGAUCCCUACUCAUCGCAUCGCGUGAAGCGUUCGCGACCCAACUCGCCCAACUCCACGGCCCCCUCGUCCCCUACCUUCUCGCAUGACUCGUUGUCGCCAACUCCUGACCACACCCCGUUGGCUACCCCGGCGCACUCUCCGCGUCUGCGUCCCCUCGGAACCAGCGAGCUGCACCUGCCUUCCAUUCGGCACCUGUCCCUCCAGCACACGCCGGCCCUGGCUCCCAUGGAGCCUCAGCCCGAGGGCCCCAACUACUACAGUCCUGGUCAUGGCAGCAUGGGCCCCAGCAUCACCGACAUCAUGUCCAAACCAGACGGCACGCAGCGCAAGCUGCCGGUUCCGCAGGUGCCCAAGGUUGCCGUGCAGGACAUGCUCAAUCCCACGAACGGAUUCUCGUCCAUGUCAUCGUCGACCAACAACUCCGUUGCCGGCGGUGACUUGGCGGACCGUUUGUAA